AUGGACUCACUCAUAGCAGCACAAGGAGGAUUAGGACAGAGAGUCCAUCAUGCAGACAAUACUCCAGUCACCAAUGAGCUGGGGGCAGCUCUCACUCCUCUGACCCUUUGUCCUUCCCCAGGAGGCUGGGCGCCUGUGCAGCUGGUAGGCACCCCUGGGAGGUGUGCUGGCCGUGUGGAAGUUUUCUAUCAAGGAGUCUGGGGCACUGUGUGUGAUGACCUCUGGGACCUUUCGGCAGCAAACAUCAUCUGCAGGCAGCUGGAGUGUGGCCGGGCCAUUUCAGCCCCAGGCGAGGCCCACUUUGGGGAAGGUUCUGGGAAGAUUCUCCUUGACAAUGUGCACUGCAGAGGCCAUGAGCAGCACCUUGGGCAAUGUUCUCAUGCUGGCUGGUUCUCCCACAACUGUGGCCACCAGGAAGAUGCCAGCGUGAUCUGUUCAGAUGCUGAAUAUUCCACCGUCACACCGACAGGUCACCCCUUGACUGCCGUGGCAGAGACAAUGGCCACAGAAAAUUCUCAGUGUGGUGGCAUUAUUAGUCACUCAUCUGGAAGCAUUAGGAAUCCCCCAAAGAAUGAAAUGCAUGACAACAUGACCUGCGUGUGGGAAAUCAAGGCAAACACUUCUGAUCGUAUACGGUUGGCACUUCCAUGUCUUGACCUUGACUGCACCAAUGAAUACAUCGAAAUCCUAGAUGGUCCCCCAGCUUCAGCAAAGUCCCUGGGGAAGACCUGUUCUGGUUCCCACCUCACCUACGAGGCCUUCUCCGGCUCAGUGACCCUUGUGUAUUUCCGAAGCUCCAACGACAUAGGGAAGCACUUCACUGCUUAUUAUUAUUCUGCAAACAAAGCCAUCCCCACAUCGACGCCCAAGUCAGGAACAGCAAGACCAGGUGACUGGCCAGAACUACGGCUGGUGGGCGGCUCCGGACGGUGCUCAGGACGUGUGGAGGUCCUCCACCAGGGGGCCUGGGGCACCGUGUGUGACGACCUGUGGGACCUGAAUGAAGCCGAGGUCGUGUGCCGCCAGUUGCGCUGUGGGCAGGCCGUGUCUGCCCUUGGGAAGGCCCACUUUGGCCCAGGCUCAGGAGACAUCUUCCUGGACAACCUCCAAUGUGCCGGGGUGGAGCGCCACCUGGGCCAGUGUGCCCACUCAGGCUGGUCGGAGCACAACUGCGGCCACCACGAGGACGCCAGCGUCAUCUGCUCAGAUGCAGCAGAUGUGCCUCCGCCCACACCUCAAGGAGGAGGUAACUCCUGUGGAGGGGUCAUUUCUAGUCUCUCUGGCUCAUUUUCUAGUCCACAGUAUCCAGAAAACUAUCCAACAGACAUCCAGUGUGUUUGGGAAAUUCAUGUGGAUAAAAAAUUCCGCAUAGAGCUCACGAUUCCAAGUUUGAAUCUGGAAGAUAUCCUUGGCUGUCCCUAUGACUCAGUGGAGAUCUUCGAUGGCCCCAGGAUUGCCUCGCUGUCCAUGGGGAAGUUCUGUGCCCCAGGAGCUGUGUUAUUUUUCUCCUCCUCAAACAUCAUGACAGUGGUGUUCCGGAGCGAUUCUAUGAUAACCAAUACCGGCUUUCAAGCUCUGUUCAAUGUGAUCACACACGGUGAAAGGGAGUCAGAAGAUGGACCAGUACUGCGGCUGGUGGGCGGCUCUGGAAGGUGCUCAGGACGAGUGGAGAUCUUCCACCAAGGGUCCUGGGGUACCGUGUGUGAUGACCUGUGGGACCUGAAUGAAGCCAAGGUUGUGUGCAGACAGCUGGAGUGUGGACAGGCCAUUGCUGCUCCUGGAAAGGCCCACUUCGGCCCAGGCUCUGGAGACAUCCUCCUGGACAACAUCCAGUGUGCAGGAAGUGAGAGCCACCUUGGCCAGUGCCCCAGCUCCGGCUGGUCAGACCACAACUGUGGCCAUCAUGAGGAUGCUGGUGUCAUCUGCUCAGGCCAACCAUGGGUCUCUCUUGCUCCCACAGGAGGAAGCAACUCUUGCGGGGGAGUCCUGUCAAGCCCCUCAGGCUCCUUCUCCAGUCCUUGGUAUCCUACAAACUACCCCACUGAUGUGGAGUGUGUCUGGGUGAUACACGUGCCUGAGAAGUUCCGCAUACAGCUGUCCAUCCCGAGCCUGAGACUAGAGGACGUCUAUGGGUGUCCUUACGACUUUGUGGAAGUGUUUGAUGGACGGCAAGCUGCCCCCCUGUCCAUGGGCAGAUUCUGUGCUGGGGCAGAGCUCACAUUCCUCUCCUCUUCCAAUGUCAUGACCGUCAAGUUCAGAAGUGACGCCAUGAUCACCAACACAGGGUUUUACGCCCUGUACAACGCUGUUCCGCAAGACGGAAGGGAGAGUGGGAUGUCCCUGAGACUGGUCAACGGCAGCCACAGGUGUGAGGGCCGGGUGGAGGUCUUCUACAACGGCACCUGGGGCACGGUGUGCGAUGACAGCUGGGACCUGAGUGACGCCAGGGUGGUGUGCCAGCAGCUGGGCUGCGGCCAGGCCCUCUCGGCCCCGGCUCAGAACUACUUUGACGGCGGCACUGGUCACAUCAUGCUGGACGACGUGCAGUGCACGGGGCACGAGGCCGAGGUGUGGCAGUGUGCACACAACGGGUGGCUCUCCCACAACUGUGGGCACCAUGAGGAUGCCAGCGCCGUCUGCUCCGGUAUUGAUGGCAACCCAAAGGGAGGACCAACAGGUGUCACUGAUGACAAUCCCUCUACAGAUGAAAACUUCCGCUGUGGUGGUUUGCUCACAAAUAAUUCAGGCUCCUUCUCCAGUCCUUGGUUUCCUAAAAAAUACCCCACGAACGUGGUGUGUGCCUGGGACAUACAAGUGGAUACCAGGGCUCACGUCAGACUUACAUUUGAAGUGGUCAAAAUGGAAAAUUUCUAUGGCUGUCCUUACGACUUCAUCGAAAUCUUCGAUGGCCCACAAAGUGAAUCUUUCUCCCUGGGGAGGUUCUGUUCAGGGACUACCCCAGUAUUUACCUCUUCCUCAAAUCGCAUGACCGUGGUGUUCCACAGCGACGCGAUUGUCACCAACAUGGGCUUCCAUGCAUCUUAUGAGUCUCUGGUUUAUAAUGAGAACGACACGGAUGUGGUCCUGAGGCUGGCCAACGGCAGUCACCCUUGCGAGGGCCGGGUGGAGCUGCAUUUCAACGGCAGCUGGGGCACCGUGUGUGACGACAGCUGGGACCUACUUGACGUCCAGGUGGUGUGCAGGCAGCUGGGCUGUGGCGAGGCCCUUGCGGCCCCUGGGCGGGCACAUUUCAAGCGAGGUCUGGGUCCCAUCGCCCUGGACAAUGUGGAGUGCAUGGGGACAGAAGCCAGGCUGUGGCAGUGCCUGCACAGCGGCUGGUUCACCCACAACUGUGGCCACCAUGAGGACGCUGGCGCCAUCUGCUCAGGUUUCUGCAGAUUAAUUCAGCUGUUGGACUCACAAGUCCCCAACUAUCUCUUCAGCCUUCUGGGUUUGACUGGGAAAAAGCAAAUUGACCUAUCAGCUAUGAAGGCUAGGAUGAAGGGGAAUGGGGUGGAGGUGCUGGAAGGUCUGGGCCUGCGGCUGGCAAAUGGGUCAAGCAGGUGUGAGGGCCGAGUGGAGGUCUUCCACAGCAACACCUGGGGCACUGUGUGUGACGACGGCUGGUCCAUCGAGGAGGCCUACGUGGUCUGCAGACAGCUCGGCUGUGGCCUGGCUUUAUCUGCCCUCCCAGGGGGCAGCUUCAGUCCCGGGUCAGGCAGCAUCCUCCUCGAUGAUGUCCACUGCACAGGCAGGGAGGCCUCCCUGGAACAGUGCCCUCAUGGCAGUUGGUUCGCCCACAACUGUGGGCACCAUGAAGACGCUGGCGUCAUCUGCUCAGAUUCUGCAGCUGCUGGGCAUCCAGUUUCUUCAAGUCCUCGGGAUCAUCCACAUAUUUUCCAUCCAAUAGAUCUGCUGAUGGUGAGGCUGGUCAACGGGAAGAACCAGUGCGAGGGCCGCGUGGAGGUCUACCACAACGGCACCUGGGGGUCUGUGUGCGACGACCUCUGGAGCCUGCCCGCUGCCCAGGUGGUGUGCCGGCAGGUGGGCUGUGGGGCAGCCCUGGCAGCCCCCAGGAGUGGUCUGUUUGGCCACGGUUCUGGCCCCAUCUUCCUAGACGACGUAAGGUGUACAGGCAACGAGAGCAACCUGGGACAGUGCCACCACCUUGGACUGUCUGUGCAUAACUGUGGGCACCAAGAGGACGCAGGCGCUGUCUGCUCAGCUGUGGAAGCAGCCCCAGCUUUGGCAGGCGUGGCUCCUGCAGUUGACCUGUCCAUCAUCAGGUUGGCGGGUGGGAGGAGCCGAUGUGAAGGGCGUGUUGAAGUCCAGCACAAUGGCACCUGGGGCACCGUGUGCGACGACCUGUGGAGCAUCGACGCCGCCCAGGUGGUGUGCCGGCAGCUGGGCUGCGGGGAGGGUGUCCGAGCUCUGGGGAGCGGCCACUUCGGGCAGGGCCUGGGGAGCAUCCUCCUGGACGACGUGCAGUGCCGAGGCACUGAGACCUCACUAGGCCAGUGCCGACACCUGGGCUUGUCCGUCCACAACUGUGGCCACCACGAGGACGCCGGGGUCAUCUGCUCAGGUACUCGCUCUCGCCUUUCUCCUGAAAUCGACAGAGCUGUGGUUCUUGUCUUCAAGGACUUCCCAGACUCCAGCUUCCAUCUCAACCGCUGUGACCUCUAUGCCAGAUAUUUCUUCACCCUCAGAAGACACAACCUCUUCAACUGGGGACUCAUUUUAAGGAUUUUUGUUUGUUUUUUUACAGUUACAAUCUCAGUUGAAGAAGAAAUGGUCCCUUUACCUGACCGCGCGCUGCGCUUGGCGGGCGGACGCGGCCGCUGCGAGGGCCGGCUGGAGGUGCGGCACCAGGGCGCGUGGGGCACGGUGUGCGACGACCACUGGAACAUCAAGAACGCCCGCGUCGUGUGCCGCCUUCUGGGCUGCGGCCGCGCGCUGGGCGCCCCAGGCCGCGGCCGCUUCGGCCCGGGCACCGGGCCCAUCCUGCUGGAUGACGUGCGCUGUGCAGGCCACGAGGACUCGCUGGAAAGCUGCGCGCACGCGGGCUGGGCGCGACACAACUGCAGGCACAGCGAGGACGCUGGCGUGCUCUGCGCAGGUACCUCUGACUCUGCUGUGCCCAAGGAAAAUGCCCGGCUCUCCUGCUUGCCUCACCUCUUCCGAGCUGUCAUAGACCGAGGCUAUCUCCGGAGACUGGGCUACUCCUCCUGGGACGUCCACUUAAAUGAUGAUCUGUGUCGCCCACAAGUCACUGGGCGCUACCUGAUCUUCAACAUUCCAUAUGGCCACUGUGGCACUGUCCGGCAGGAACACCUCGGCUCCCUCAGCUACUCCAACUCCAUCAGAGGCCGGAUACGGGGCCACCCGGGCCGAGUGUUUGUGCGGCACAAGGUGCCCCAGGUGAAAUUCACCUGCAGGGUGGACAACCCGUCCACAGUUGAAAUCGUUCAUGGAGCUGAUGACCAGACAGAGGGUGCCGGCUACGAUGUGUCCAUUUCAUUUAUCCAGUCUCCCGGGUCCCAGCCCAUGGGGGGCUUGGCACCAUACUACGCCAGCCAGAGGAAAGAGGUCUUCCUCCAGGCCACCCUCCAUAGCGCCAAUCCCAGCCUGAGGGUCUUUGUGGAUACCUGUGUGGCUUCUCCGGAUCCCCAUGAUUUCACAACCGUCAAGCACGAUUUGAUCCAGCAGGGGUGCAUCAAGGACAAAAGCUAUGCCAACCUCCACUCCCCGCAGAAAAACGUGGCCCAGUUCAAAUUCAACGCCUUCAGCUUUCUUGACAGCUACGACGUGAUCUAUCUGCAGUGUGAGAUUGUGGUGUGCAGAGAUGGGGACUCCUCCUCCGGCUGCUCCCAGAGCUGUGCAGGGCGGAGCAGGAGAGGAACGGGCCCCGCCGAGGCCCAGGAAAAGCAGACUGAGCGUUCUUCGGUGGUGGGGCCGCUGGCGAUCCACAGAGCGGCUGCUCAGAGCAGGACCCCGGCGUGA